AUGCUGUCGGUCCCCGAGAUGCGGCCCGAGUCUCCGCCGCGUCGGCCCUCGAGGCUUCCUCGCUCAGGUCCUCUGGGAGCUGCGGCGCUGAAGAGGGACGAGAAACAGUUCUCCCCGGACACGGCCGGCCUCGCCUCGCCGACAGCCGAAAAGAAGGAAAAAACCCAGAAGAAAGAGAACGAGGACGUCGAACCGAUAAACGACUGGGGAAUCGCCAAGACACACAGCCUUGAAACACAACUGGAAGCUCUCACUGGAGAAGUCCGGGAUUUGACGAUUCGGGUCCAGGCCGAAGAGGAGAUGAAAGACCUUCUCCACUCUCAGCUCAAUGAAGCCUAUGAGCAACUCGCUUACGCUCGAUCCGAGCAGGGCGCUCGAGGCUUCGCUGGCACGCGGGCGGCGCGCGUGCGCGGCAUGCGCGGCCCAAACUGCCCGCCUGCAGUGGAGUCGAGGUGGAUGGAGCCGGAGCAUCCCAUCGCGUUGGCUACGAUGAAGUCCCAGCAGGACAUCGAGUUGCUCCUGGAGGAAGAACGUGCGCGCCGGCACACGAUGAUGGAGCAAUACGAGAGACACUUGAAGUUGCUGCGGAACAACCACCAGAAGGAGAAGCUGGAGACGAAGAAGACCGUUCUGAGUCAAGUCGAGUUUCUCAUCAAGAAGUACCGACGACUCGCUUCGGACGCCGUCGCGAUGGCAAAGAGAGAACGCGCACGCGUGGCCGAAGAACGGAAGAAGGCGCGACAGUUGGCCGAGAACGCGUGCAAAAACUUCGAGGCCGAUUUAAAGGGGCGAACGAAGACCGCUCUCGAGCAGUAUCGCAAGCUCGUCCAGGAGGCGCACACGGCCGCGAAGCAGGAACGCGAGGAACUUCACAACAAAUGCAAGGAGCUCCAGGAGACAGUUGACAACGAGAGGCGAGAAUUCGACACACUGAUCGUGCGAGAGGCAGAAGCGAAGAUGGCGAAGUUCCGCGCGAGCUACGCCCGCGUCAAGCAGCAGGUGGAAGAAGAGCGCCGGCGUUACGGGAUGAUGAUGCAGGAAAUUGCGAGACGCGUCGAGCGGGAAUGCGCUGAGUACGAGGAGUUUGUUAUCAGCGCGAUGAAGGAGCUUCUCGACAGCAAAGGCGUCGACAUGACUGAGGCGGCGAUCCGAGACUAUUUUCAGAAGAAACGCGAAGAACUGCGUGCUGAGGACAAGGGCGACUCCGUGGCCUCAGCGGGACUGCUCACCGUCAAGUAUUGCUUUCAAGCCGCCGCCCCCGAGUCUCUCAAAUGA